AUGGGAUCACGACUGGACGCUCUGAACGCUUUGGUAAAUAAUCCUAAAUAUGCGGACUAUCUCGCCAUCCUCAAGGGCGCUCGAAACGGCUUUGUCUAUGGAGUCAAAAUUCGAUUCCCGCAUGCAGUCGUGAUGGCUAUUUUAUUCGGCAGAGGAGAUUGGGCCUCUCGAGUACGCGCAAUUCUUCGUGCAACGCGUACACAUGCCGUCAACCUUGCAUCCUUUGUCGCUCUCUACAAGUCAGCCAUGCUACUCCAACGAAAGCUCAACGACGGCAAGCAGCGCAAGCUCGACACCUUUUUCGCCGGUCUAGUCGGUGGAUUUAUUGUAUUUGGAGACAGAACGGCCGUCAACGAGCAGAUUGUGCUCUAUGUCGUCUCGCGAGUCGUUGCGACACUCAUACCUCGCGCGUACCCGCCUCCUGCGCCAGGAUCCGGUGCGGCUGUUCGUCCCAUCCCACCCUCGUCCAAGCAUUUCGCCGUCUUUUCCGCUCUCGCUUGGGGCGCUGUCAUGUACCUCUUUGCGGAAAAGGGCUAUACGAUCCAGCCAGGCAUGUUCAGCUCAAUGAACUAUCUAUACAAAGACUCGGACAAAUGGGAUGGUCUAAAGACGUUGCUCUGGCAUAACACGUAG